UGGAAGUGAAAGUGGGUGGUGAAGCCGUUAGCCACGAAAGGAAAAGGGGUAUCCCUUGACAGGGAUUUAUAAAUACAGAUAGAACAAAAAUAAGUGUAUACACGUACUUGCAGCCUAAAGACAAAGAAACAGGAAGAAAUGUACCCAGACUGAAGGAGGGCUGUGUUCUUGUUCCAGGAGAAACUCCAACGUGCUUUUUAUUUCUGAACAUCAAACUACUCCAUAACUUUACUUUUUUGCGGAGCUGCAGAGCUAUACUGUGAAACGUUUUUUUGUGACCACUUCAAGCAUUUAAGUUUUGUUUAUUUAUUAUUUAUCUUGCAUCAUGGACUGUUGAAAUCUAACAGCAGGCAGGGACUUAUACUGUACAAAUACAUUUCAAUAAACGGAGUGGAAGCAGUUCAAGGAAGAAGCGGUGACAAGUGAACAGGGGGAGUACUUUGCGAUAAAAAGGAAGUAUUUCCCGCAAGAGGAGCGAGUGACGAGGGGACGGAUCAGUCGUAAUUUGAGAGCAAGGCCCCUCAGUGCACUCUCCCGCGUACGGACAGCACCCGCGGCUGUUGUUGACAUGGCCGCCGACAUGGCCAUGAGCACGGAGCUGCCCAACAGCCCGCUGGCUAUCGAGUACGUCAACGACUUCGACCUCAUGAAGUUCGAGGUGAAGAAGGAGCCGUCCGAAGUGGAGCGCUACUGCCACCGCCUGCCCACGGGCUCCUUGUCGUCCACACCGCUCAGCACGCCCUGCUCCUCGGUGCCUUCAUCGCCCAGUUUUUGCGCUCCGAGUCCCGGGGCGCAGUCCAGCCAGACCGCCGGCAACGGGGUCGGUGGGGGCGGUGGCGGUGGCAGCAGCAGCGGCGGCGGCCAGAACUCGGGUGGGAAGACACAGCUGGAGGACCUCUACUGGAUCCCCAACUACCAGCACCACCUGAACCCAGAGGCCCUGAACCUAACGCCGGAGGACGCGGUGGAAGCGCUCAUCGGCAGCGCGCAUCACCACCACCACCAGCACCACCAGCAGCAGCAGCCGUUCGAGGGCUACCGGGGCCAGCAGUACGCGGGGGAGGAGCUGUCGGCGGCAUCCGGCGGGCACCACCCGUCCCACCACCAGCACCACCACCACCACCAUCACCACCACCACGGCCACCACGUGCGACUGGAGGACCGCUUCUCGGACGAGCAGCUCGUGAGCAUGACGGUGCGCGAGCUGAACCGGCAGCUGCGCGGCUUCAGCAAGGAGGAGGUGAUCCGCCUCAAGCAGAAGCGGCGAACCCUGAAGAACCGCGGUUACGCGCAGUCGUGCCGCUUCAAACGCGUGCAGCAGCGGCACAUGCUCGAGAGCGAGAAGUGUUCGUUGCAGAGCCAGGUGGAGCAACUGAAGCAGGAGGCGGCGCGCCUGGCCAAGGAGAGGGACCUCUACAAGGAGAAGUACGAGAAGCUGGCGAGCCGCAGUUUCCCGGGCGCCGGCAGAGAGUCGAGCGGCGGCGGCAAUGGCAGCGGGAGCGGCGGCAGCCACGGAAAGGCCCCCUCGGCCGAGUUCUUCAUGUGAGAACUAUUUCUUUUCUAAGACUGCUUCUUUUCCCCACACGACUUUUUUUUACUCAUGAUUUUCUUUUUCUUAGGUUGACAGUAUUUAUUUCUCUUGUUUACUAGUUUUCUUUAACGUGUAAACGAUAAUGUCAGAUUUGCGUACUGUACAUGAUAUAAAAAUAAUAUAUACAUAUUUAACACGGAUCCGUAGUGUCAACAGGUCUCGGAACAAUAACGGCGACACGGGCUAAUUUUAAUUUGCUCAUUAGCUGAUGACUUUUUUGUUUUGCUUUUUUCUUUCGUCAUAGUUUUAAGUGAAAAUGAUACUUAGGUUCGCACAAAAAUUGUCAGGGCCCGAAAUUAUUUUCUGAAAGAAUAAGGGAACUGUGCACUUACUGAGCCCAUUUCUAACCAUACAUGGAAAGGGUUCGAGUGAGAAGAGGGCAUCAUGGGCAUUGUGCCUAAUUAUAUUAGGCAACAUUUAAGUACAGGAAAAACAAAUCAGGUUAUCAUUACAUUAUUGCGUUUUUCCUACCAUUUAAAGUCUUAAAGAUACAUUUGAGGACUGAACUUGGGUUCUUGCGCAUCCGAAAGGAAAACUGCACAACUUUUGAAGUCUUGAUUUAAGCAUCUUCAUUUUCAAGUGUCUUAAUAUUUUGAAUGAGUCUUACGAAUGGGGUCGAUGUCAGAAGAUACGGACGGAGAUAAGACAUUCAUCGUGAGACUGGAGCUGUUACAGUUCGAGGUGAACGAAGCAAUACGUUUUUAUACAUCACGGGCCUAAAUUCUCAGAGGGACUUCACUGGAACUGCGGGGGGUCUAUGUGUUGUGACAGGACUACAUGGCCAUCGCAAGUCUUGUAUAGCAACUUUGUAGGAACCCUGCAUGCAGGACAUGUACGGUAAUAUUACCCUCCCUCUCCAUCACCACCACCACCCCCUGCGAAGGGGCGCAUGUUCCAUCAUGAUUUACCCCCUCCCCCCGUCCAGCAUAGCUCCCACAGAACGGGUACCUAAUUUAAAGCUCUGAGGUGUGGCUAUAGAACCCAAAAACUGCUACAGUCUGCUGUUUGAAUGCAAUGAUUGUUACAGUCGUUUUCAAGCAAAACGAAAGAAAUCUGAGCCAGGUUUUGCAAUUAUUUAUUUUCACUUGUAAAUAUUGUAGAGUAUAGUUCUUUAUUUCCCUCUCUUUGUGCAAGCUCUUUUUUGACUGUUGAGUUACAUGUCUUAAUAAAAAUGUUUGUAUGUAUCGGCAUGCAAAUAAUGUGCGAUAUUCUCUGUAAGAUGAAACGGUUACAAGCCGAGUGCACUAUAUCAGAAUGAAUUGGGAAACAGAGCGAGAUAUAUGUUUCAUAAGAAACUUAAAUUGUUGUCCCACUGCAAUUCUAGAGAUAGAUAUAGUAUUGCUAUCGAAAAUGGCAUCCAAAUAAUAAACUGAUAAAAGGACUGCAGUUGCUGCUGAUUAUCUAUGCACCGAUUUUCUUUCUCAAAAGCAAUGGAUACUAUUUGAUUUAAAUAUUUUAGAAGUAAAUCUGAUAUAUGAUCUGUGCAUAUGUCCACAUUCAUGUGGUUCGUCCUAAAGAUACUCAUAAAAUACAGCAGGAUAAGGCAAGUUUUACAGUACUUACAAAAUGUUUUAUAUCAGAAUUCUUUUGUCUAAAGUAACAUGAGUAGAUAGUGUGACUGAACACAACUUAUGAUAAUACUUGUUAAUAAAGCACCGUAGGACAAACAGUACUUCUCUUCUCCCUGGAUACUUGCAUGUAUCUGCUGUUUACAUCCAUGCAGUGCUUCUGCCUGAGUGUCCACCUGCCCUGCGUGCGCACCAAUAUGCGUUUAUGUAUGAUCCCAUUCAGUUAUACAUAUGCUAUUCUUGAAUAUAAACUCAAAAGUAAGCAUGUCAUAAUGAACAUGUCACAGGAGUAAAUAAAAGACAGAAGGACAAUGAAGUCCGGUGGAGCUAGAGUUAAACCUCUACAAUGUACCGAAAGUGUGUAUCACAUAUAUAUUAUACAUAAAAGUAUGUACAGUAUAUAUAAACUCGUGUUUAACUGUAUUCAGCGAGCUAUAUUCUUCGACUUGUUCAGAAAUAAACAGAUGGUAAGAUCUGUGAUCUAAACGCAUAAUGGUGUGUGGACAAGGUGGGUUACACACAGAGUAUAUGGCGCUAUAUAUGUCUACAUUAAUGAUACAUAUUAUUUCGCGAAACAUUUUAGUAU